GGGGCAGCCGCUCCUGUCAGCGGGUGAAAUGGCAGCGGCAGAACCGGCGGCGGCCGCGGUCCCGGGGGGCGGCUGAGGGGGCCGGGCCGGGGCUGCGGGGCGAGCGGCGCGGCGGGGAUCCAGCGGCGCGGCCCGGGACAGUGCGGCUCGGCACGGCGAUGGCGGCGCGCUCGGCGCAGGUCAGAAGGGAUUCCACAGGUCAUACUGGUCCACCUCUCAGAUUUUAAUCUGAAGACAGAGCUGUGACCUGGCCCUGCUCGCAGCAGACGAGCCUGCCCACCAUGGCGAGCCCCACUCUGAGCCCCGACUCCUCAUCCCAGGAGGCCCUGUCGGCCCCCACCUGCUCCCCCACCUCUGACUCUGAGAACCUCAGCCCCGAUGAGCUGGAGCUGUUGGCCAAGCUUGAAGAGCAGAACCGGCUCCUGGAAGCCGACUCCAAGUCGAUGCGCUCCAUGAACGGCUCCCGCCGGAACAGCGGCUCCUCGCUGGUGUCCAGCUCCUCGGCCUCCUCCAACCUGAGCCACCUGGAGGAGGACACGUGGAUCCUGUGGGGCCGGAUCGCCAACGAGUGGGAGGAGUGGAGGCGCAGGAAAGAGAAGCUGCUCAAGGAGCUGAUCCGCAAGGGCAUCCCCCACCACUUCCGGGCCAUCGUGUGGCAACUCCUGUGCAGUGCCACGGACAUGCCCGUCAAGAACCAGUACUCGGAGCUGCUCAAGAUGUCCUCGCCCUGUGAGAAGCUGAUCCGCAGGGACAUCGCCCGCACCUACCCAGAGCACGAGUUCUUCAAGGGCCAGGACAGCCUGGGCCAGGAGGUCCUCUUCAACGUCAUGAAGGCGUACUCCCUGGUGGACAGGGAGGUGGGCUACUGCCAGGGCAGCGCCUUCAUCGUGGGUCUGCUCCUCAUGCAGAUGCCCGAGGAGGAGGCCUUCUGUGUCUUCGUGCGGCUGAUGCAGGAGUACCGCCUGAGGGAGCUCUUCAAGCCCAGCAUGGCCGAGCUGGGGCUCUGCAUCUAUCAGUUCGAGUCCAUGCUACAGGAGCAGCUCCCGGAUCUGAACACCCACUUCCGCUCCCAGAGCUUCCACACAUCUAUGUAUGCCUCGUCCUGGUUCCUCACACUCUUCCUGACCACCUUCCCGCUCCCUGUUGCCACUCGUGUCUUUGACAUCUUCAUGUACGAGGGCCUGGAGAUUGUGUUCCGGGUCGGCCUCGCCCUGCUGCAGGUGAACCAGACGGAGCUAAUGCAGCUGGACAUGGAGGGGAUGUCCCAGUACUUCCAGAGGGUGAUCCCCCACCAGUUCGACAGCUGCCCGGACAAGCUGAUCCUCAAGGCCUACCAGGUCAAGUACAACCCCAAGAAAAUGAAGAGGCUGGAGAAGGAGUAUGCAGCCAUGAAGAGCAAGGAAAUGGAGGAGCAGAUCGAGAUCAAAAGGCUUCGGACGGAGAACCGGCUCCUGAAACAACGGAUUGAGACCCUGGAGAAGGAGAGCGCUGCUCUGGCUGAUAGGUUAAUCCAGGGCCAGGUGACGCGGGCGCAGGAGGCCGAGGAGAACUACGUCAUCAAGCGGGAGCUGGCAGUGGUGCGGCAGCAGUGUAGCUCAGCGGCGGAGGACCUACAGAAGGCGCGGAGCACCAUCCGGCAGCUUCAGGAGCAGCAGGCGCCGACUUCACCUUGGGGAACGUGCCUGGGAGAACCCGUCCUCCACCCCAACCCCAGCAAGCCUGGGAGCCAGCCUGAGGCCCUGGAAAGAGCCCUGCAGAAGGACAACCCGCGCCUCACUGAGGACUUUGUGGCCCACCUGGAGACUGAGCUGGAGCAGUCACGGCUGCGGGAGACAGAGACGCUGGGGGCCCUGCGGGAGAUGCAGGACAAGGUUCUAGACAUGGAGAAGAGGAACAGCUCGCUGCCCGACGAGAACAACGUGGCGCGGCUGCAGGAGGAGCUGAAGGCGCUCAAGGUGCGGGAGGGCGAGGCCGUGGCCUCGGCGCGGGAGCUGAAGCUACAGCUGCAGGAGCUCUCGGACACCUGGCAGGCCCAUCUGUCCCGCGGCGGCCGCUGGAAGGAGUCCCCGCGGAAGCUGGUGCUGGGCGAGCUGCAGGACGAGCUGAUGAGCGUGCGUCUGCGCGAGGCCCAGGCUCUGGCCGAGGGGCGCGAGCUGCGGCAGCGCGUGGUGGAGCUCGAGACGCAGGACCACAUCCACCGCAACCUGCUGAACCGCGUGGAGGCGGAGCGCGCGGCGCUGCAGGAGAAGCUGCAGUACCUGGCGGCGCAGAACAAGGGGCUGCAGACGCAGCUGAGCGAAAGCCGCCGGAAGCAGGCGGAGGCCGAGUGCAAGAGCAAGGAGGAGGUGAUGGCCGUGCGCCUGCGGGAGGCGGACAGCAUGGCGGCGGUGGCCGAGAUGCGGCAGCGCAUCGCCGAGCUGGAGAUCCAGAGGGAGGAGGGCCGCAUCCAGGGCCAGCUGAACCACUCCGACUCGUCGCAGUACAUCCGCGAGCUCAAGGACCAGAUCGAGGAGCUGAAGGCCGAGGUGAGGCUGCUGAAGGGCCCGCCGCCCUUCGAGGACCCGCUGGCCUUCGACGGGCUGGGCCUGGCGCGGCACCUGGACGAGGACUCGCUGCCGUCGUCCGACGAGGAGCUGCUCGGCGUGGGCGUGGGCGUGGGCGUGGGCGCGGCGCUGCAGGACGCGCUCUACCCGCUGUCCCCGCGCGACGCGCGCUUCUUCCGCCGUCUGGAGCGGCCGGCCAAGGACAGCGAGGGCAGCUCAGACAGCGACGCCGACGAGCUGGCCGCGCCCUACAGCCAGGGCCUGGACAACUGAGGCCGAGCCCCGCGUGCGGAGCCAGGGGGCCACCACCCCUUCCGCCGCCGCCUGGGGCCGCACCUGAUAAACUCCGUGCGCUCCGUGGUCCCGCCCACCCGGGGGCUAGGCCCAGAGCGGCGCCGCGCAGAGGGUAGGGCCGCGGGCUGAGGAUCCUCGGGGUCCCCCGGCAGGCCCACUCUCCACAGCAGUGUUUACCCAUCUUGGUCUGUACCCCUCCGGGUCCAGUUCCCGGGAGGGUCUGCCCCUCUUAACAGCCAGGGCAGGGGACGACCCGGAGGUCCCAGGACUGGACGCGCAGGAAGCUCCCUCCUCCCAGCAGUCCCUCUUCUGGGACACGGUGGCCCUGCUGGGAAGGGCCCAGGGGCUAAAGGAGGCCUGAAGAAGAAGGGGGGCGGCUCUGGGCUGGACAUUACCACCCCACGAUGCCCCUGGGGACCCUUGGCGGCUGGGCACAGAUGGCCAGGCUGGCCUUUCCUGCCUGGUGCAGGCAUCAUGGCCCCUGCAGCAGAAACCAAAGUCCCCCCUACUGUGUGCAGGGCCACCUGGGGUGUGAGCGGACAGCGGAAACCAGCCCAGGCGUGGGCAGUGACUGUCCCUGCUUCUUGGGGGCCAGAGCAGCUGCAAGGAAGUGAAGAGACCCCCCCCUCGCCCCAGCGCCCCCCCAUAUUCCUGUGUGAGACACUCCCAUCACCUUGUCUUGGCCAACGAUGGAGAGGCUCCCCCACCCAAGCUAGCCUGCUCUCCAAGGGGGUCCCCAGCCUCUUCAUCCCUUCCUUCCCUGUGGCCCCAGCCCCACCCUCCCCAGGGGAGGACUCUUCCCAGUGGUUACCUCCCCUCCGCUGCUCAUGGUGGUCCCGUGGUCUUUGCAGAGUCGGAGCUGAGAACGGUGCCAAAGUCCAACGAUGCCCCCAGCCCCUUGCCCCCAGGGCCUUGCGACCCUCGGGCCUGACCCUGUCGGUGCUCCUGGAGCCCGGAGCAGCAUCAAAAGCAAUCUCCCUGGCGCUUCCUGGGGUGGGGACCCAUGGUCAGUUCCCCCGUCCCGGUUGCCCACUCCUCAGUGUUACAAAAGCCUGGGGACCAGGGUGGGCGCCCACGGGGCUCUCCCACGUGCCCCCCACACUGCCCACCACCAUUUUGCACACUGCCUGUUCACACUCCACACGUCGCCCAGGCGGGAAAGAUGGAAAAUAAAGUGUAUUUACACAGUCA